CCACAGCCAUAAAACCCACAAAACCUACCCACAGCCCCCAUUGCUUGGAGGAAGCUAUUGUCAGAAAAAGCUUAUGGAAGCCAUGCCGAAGAAGCCCCAUGGAAGCUAUGGUUGGUAAAGCCGAAGCCACCUCCAAGAAACUCCUGUGAAAAUCAUCUCUCUAGGUUUUGGAAAUGUCACAUCGAAGAGGAAGAGUACAAAUAGUGUCUCCAGAAGAUGAGUUGGACAAUCUACAACAACUCUCAGACAUACAACCUACUGCAACUACUACUCCUAGUAGUUUUGAUCCUUCCGAUUCUUCAGAUCCUUCUGUUGUUGGAAAAAUAUGAACUAGAAGAAACAUGUAAGAGCUACAUUCUUCAAUGUUGUGGAAAUUUGUUUAGAAGUUAUAGAAAUAAAAUGAAAGCCAAGUAUUAUAACCCUUAUAAUACAGAUGAGGAGAGAUUGUGCCAUCGACCUCCACACUUAUCAGAUGAUGAUUGGAGGUGGCUCAUCCACUUUUGGGGUACACUUGAGGCCAAGGAUAUCUCAGACAAAAACAAGGCAAAUAGGGCAAAGCAAGUGAUAAAACAUACAUCAGGAUCAAAAAGUUAUGCUCAAAUUCGAUAUGAACAGGCACAAAAGAAGGAGGAUCGAAGUGAGCCCAAUAGAAUUGAGAUGUUUGCCUUGACACACACAAGAAAAGAUGGGACGCCUGUUGAUGAUCAUUUUAAGGAGAUUAUUGUAAUGAAGUAAAUAAAUUUU